UUGGACACAACAUGGCUGCUGCUGCUGCUUCCCUGUGUUUUCUCCGUGUGUACUGAGCAGGGAGACUUUAAAUGAGCUGUGCAGUAUAUAUACUUUGACUGUCCGGUGAAUGAGGGACCGUGGACCGUGCUUCGUAUAAUCUGACUGCUCCUGACUCGUUGUUUGUAGCAUGUCCAGUAUUUCUGCUCGUGUUCUGAAGAAAAACAGAAACGGUGUGCUGAACCAAAAUGUACAUUUUAAUAUGACUGAAAAACCAUCACACUGUAAUCUACUGUUUUAUGUCAGCUGAUUUUGGAGACACGUUUUUCACACAGUACCUUUAAAGGCGACCUCCAUUUAACCAAACGAGAAAAGGAAAUAAUCCAAGAAGACGACUCACUCACAUAAUUGUUGGCGCCAUCUAGAGAAAAACAGCUUUAUUCUACAAGAUCCAAGUUGCUGACUUCUACACUGGAAUGUCUCAUAUUUCUUCAUCCAUGACAUAAUGCUGUUGAUUCUGAAGCGCUUGCCUGGAGGACAGCUGUUCGCCUUGGGAAGUUUAUGAGGCAGGGAGAAGGGAGUGGAUAAGAGGUGAGGGGAAGGAAGGAGGGUUGGAUGGAGGGAAUCCAGUCUGCUCCUGCUGCUGCUGCUGCCGCACUACAACACGCCGUCAGCAGCAAAGCAGUUGAGCUCUGCUUGUCUGGGAGCGCAGCAGGAAAAGGCAAGUAACAUGUUCAUCAAGGACUCAAAUCAUCAAAAAGACCGGAAUCUGAGCAGAUAGGACGAAGACACUGAGAACUCUGAUCAGCUUUGGAGAUGAACAGCUGCCGGCUCUGGGACACAAUUACUAAUAUAUGAAUGAGGCUACAAAUUUUCAGAUUUGAAGAUGUGGACGUUGAUGGGGGUAGUCUGUCUGUGCCACUGUGUCUUUGGACAGCUGUUUGAACCCAAGCUGAAAGGAGCGUCACGUCUGAUCUGCAGCGUCCCCGGGUCACCGGGCCUGCCCGGCAAACCCGGUCCCAGCGGGCCCCCAGGAGCAGAUGGGAAUGUGGGUAUCCCAGGAAGAGAUGGCAGAGAUGGCAGGAAGGGUGAAAAGGGAGAAAAGGGAGACCCAGGGUUGAAGGGCAGGGUUGGUCCAACAGGUAAGAUCGGAGGCCGAGGUGACCGUGGCCCUGCAGGGAAGCGAGGCCCUGCAGGAGAGAACGGAGACGUGGGCCAGCCUGGUCCUCCAGGCCGUGAAGGAGAGAAAGGGGAUAAGGGCGAACGGGGGCUACGUGGCACUGCAGGAAUCUGUAAAUGUGGCAGCCUGCUGCCUAAAUCUGCCUUCUCUGUGGGAAUCACCAGCAGCUACCCUGCAGAGAACAUCCCCAUCAAGUUCAACAAGGUCCUCUUUAAUGAGGGCGGACACUACAGCCCACAGACGGGCAAGUUUAUCUGUGCAUACCCUGGCAUUUAUUAUUUCUCGUAUGACAUUACACUGGCCAACAAACACCUGGCUAUUGGUCUGGUGCAGAAUGGACAGUAUCGCAUCAAAACCUUUGACGCCAACACAGGAAACCAUGACGUGGCGUCUGGGUCCACUGUGAUGUACCUGAACCCAGAAGAUGAGGUGUGGCUGGAAAUCUUCUACCAUGACCAGAAUGGUUUAUUUGCAGACCCUGGCUGGGCUGACAGCUUGUUCUCUGGCUUCCUGCUCUAUGCUGACACAAACUACUUUGACACACUGGCAGAGGACUAUGCAUAGAAGCCGGAAAACACAAAAUCAAACCAAAAACUGCUAGUCACUGUUGUUUUGAAAUGAUUUGAGUUUUAUUACACACAUGGUAUUGUCAAACUAUAUUUUUAUACAAAUGUUUGUACUGCUAGUUAUAUUAUGACUGUAGAGACGUAUCUACUGAUUAUAUCAUUUGAUAAAAAAGCUUGAACGAGUUUCUGGUUUAUUGUUUUGGGUGGGACUUAAUAAUAACUUGAAUAAACAUUGUUGAGAGGUAGAA